GAGACAGAUCCAUCAAGGAGUGGGACGUGCAAUCACUGACCAACACCAUGCACACGUUGCACGUGCACGGCGACUGGAUCCAGGCACUUUGCAUGUCUCCGAGCGAUGACGUGCUCUUCUCCGGCUCCAAGGACGGCGUCGUGAAGGUCUGGGAUGGCGAGCUCCAGUGUCAAGACGUGUUGCAGGGCCACCGUGGUCCGGUCUCCGCGCUGACAGCUGUAGGCAACCGACUCUUCUCAGCGUCGCACGACCGUGCUGUGCGGGUAUGGCGGAUCGAGCAGUACGGCUGA